AUGGAGUGCAACAUUUGUCAUAAUGUUCAUCGCAAAUUCUUUUGUGCUAAUUGUCUUCGUGACGGGUUGCGUAAUCAUAAUGCAGAAAUGAAACAAGUGAAUGUUGAGAAACAACGCUAUGUUGACCGUGCUACAAAGUUCAUGAAUGGAUCGCUUCGGAUUCAACAGUUAAGCUCUGCAGAGAAACACAGUGCGACACAGAAACUAAAUUUACUUGAAUUCGAAACAGAACGUUUGCGGGAAGAACUUGGAAGAGAUCGGCAAGAAGUUGAACUUUUAAGAAAAGAGCUUCAGACACGACGUCAAGUAUUACAAGAAUCAUUAGCAAUCUCCAAGAAGUUUCAGUCACACCAAAAGACAUCAAUUAUAAAAGACAUUGCCAACACUAAAGAAAGAUGGCGACAUGUACACACGGUUCUCAUACAUUCGCGGAAAGUUUUGAUUGCAGAACUGGUGUCGUUAUUUGAUUUCAAGAAGAUAACUAUUAAUAGUGAUUCAGAAAGGAACAGUCACAAAGAGAAUGGAAUUAGCAUUAAUAAAAAGCAACCUAAUAGCGUGGAUGAAUCAAUAACUUCUAAUGGAACUGAAGGAGGAGGUGGUGGUGGUAAUAGCACUGAUGAGGAUGUUGAAUAUACAAUUGCUGGAAGGGCACUACCAAGAAAAGGCGAUUUCAGAGCGUGCCCGCAGGAAGAAAUUAAUACUGCGGUUGGCCACGUAAUACAUAUGCUUGGACUAAUUGCACAUUAUCUCGGUGUAAAACUGCCUUUCUUUAUGACGCGUGAUAAAAACUCGAAUCCUCAUGCACAUGGCACAUUACCAGGAGUUCAAAAAAGUAAACGGCCACUUUUCCUGACUGAUCAGAAUCUCGAGUAUUUCACGUAUGGAAUGGCGAUGCUGAAUUAUAACAUUGCAUAUUUGUGUCAUUCGCAAGGUGUUGAUAUACCAUUUAAUAAAGUUCCAUACACACUUCAGAAUUUGUAUCUAUGCUGUAAUUCGGUAAAUCUUGGAAGAUAUUCUCAUUUAACAACGCUGAGCGCUUCAGAGCAAACAUUUGCACUCGAUUUCGAACAACUUGUGGGAAUAAUGGUUGCUCGGAGAUACGGCGACGAUACUAACCCGAUAAUUUUUAGGGUACCUAAUGCGCUAAAUGAUAAUUAUUUUUAUGAGGAAGAAGACGAGGAAAUAGAAGAUGGAAAUGAAACUUGGGAUUUAGUGGAAAUGGUUGUAUAA